GGGCUCGAGAUUGUCCCAUAAGCACAACCUAAUCCUCAUCGAACCAUCAGCAAAGGUCUGAUAAAAUGAUGUCUUUCGGUGAUCAUCAAUUACUUUUUCUUCUGCUGGUAAAGUUUCAUGAGUCAGUGGGUGUGGAUGUGAUAUUCACCCAGGAACCUUCUAAUCCAAGCUACUUUAACAAAGGUAGUGAUGCCAACCUGGUGUGGAACUAUGCUGAUCCACAUAAUAAAAUUGCAGCAAUUGCCUACAGUGUUCUGGUAAAUGGUGAAUUUAAAACAAUGAUUUUUAACAACAGUCAUGGUGUGCAAGAACAUUCUUCAAUUCCUUCAUCUUACAAAGGAAGAGUUAAAAUUGAAGGAAGAGCUACCCUGGUUAUCAAGAACAUCAACACUGGAGACAAUACCAAAUUUAGAUGUGAAAUGUGGAAAAGCCCUUCAGGGGAGGUUGAAAGUACAGUUCAGCUUAUUGUGGCAGGGGGUGCGGAUGUGCGUUUCACCCAGGAACCUUCUAAUCCAAGCUAUUUUAAAAAUGAUAGUGAUGCCAAGCUUGUAUGGGACUACACUGAUCCACUUAAUGCAACUCGAGGCAUCAUCUUUAGUGUUCUGGUAAAGGAUACAUAUAAAAAAAUGAUUUUCAGGGGCAGUCGUGGUGUCCAAGAACAUCGUGAUAUUCCUCCAUCUUAUCAAGGAAGAGUUAAAAUUGAAGGACGAGCUACCCUGUUUAUCAAGAACAUCAACCCUGGAGACAAUACCAAAUUUAAAUGUGAAAUGUGGGGA